AACCCACGUGGAUCUUUAUACUGAGAAAGAAUAAUCGCACAAGUUGUAUCAGACGCGCAAAAAAAAAAUAUAAAAACAACUUUUUCCGUUUUUAAAAUACAAACUGGCAUUUAAACACUGCCUUUGUGACUAUAUGAAUGUCAGUAUUAUAAACAUUGGCAUUCAGACAGCCUACAGACCAGUCGAGAAGCGGACGUUUUGUGUAAAAUAGCUGUUUAUUCUGUGCCAAGGAUAAUUAAAGUAGUGGAUCAACAUAACCGGAUAACUGAGGAAAUAAACAAUUUAAAAUUUAUUAAAUAUGACGAACACCGCGGUGAUUACUGUAGUGGCGACACUAAUCGCUCAUGCAAUUUGCGCCCCAGCCGAGGUCAAAGGAAGCGCCGCCGAUAGGAGUUCGAACACAAUCAGGAGUUCGAACACAAUCAGGAGCCCGGCUAAUCUAUCCAUCCAAGAGCUGAGCUACCUACUGCGAGUUAGGAGCGGCAUCGACACGCCUAAAGUCAACCCGAUAUAUCUAACUCCGUGCGCCAGAGCCAUACUUGGAUGCUGCAAAGAUAACGUCAUGGACGGAGACUGCUCGGAAGCUCUGAAAUGCGGAGCUUACUUCUUCGACGUAAAUCCCUGUGACGUGAAGUUUAUACAAACCGCUUUGGAAUCGGCGAAGGAGUUCUAUGAACAGUUCGACAGCACCAAUAUUAAUUAAUGAACGAAUUUAAAAAAAAUAUGAUAGUAAUUGAAAGACUGCGUAGUUUUUAAAAUUAUUUAUAAAUAUUUUUGAUAAGUAAAUGUAAUUUGAUUAAAUUAUUUUAGAUGUAAUAUUAUAUUUAUGUCUCUACAUUUUUCAAAUCCUCUAAUCAGAAUUGAUGAGUAAAUAAUCAUUAGUGUUAAGCAACUGCGAACCUUGACUUUUUCUAACGACAAAUGAACCUUGAAAGAAUGACAAAUUUUACAAUGCGUUGUUUAUUUAACCAUUUAACACUUAAUGCAUCUUAUGCUGAUAUAUCACAUUGUGGACAACACAUUAAUUUAAAAUAAAUGAAAAUUCUUAAUUGUUACUUACUUGUCCUAAUUUCACCGCGAAAAAGGAAGGAACUAAUUAAGUACGUAAUUGAUAACAUGAAUUAUUUUUUAAUUA